AUGUUGGAGGUUAUAAAUGGAUUUCUUCUGAUAUAUUUUGUUAUUUUGUGCUCCCUCAACGAUUUAGUGCCACACUUGGUAAAGCCAAUAGCGGCAUGUUUCGUUAGACCAUCUAAUGAAGAGCGCUCAGUAUGGGCUGAAGUAAUAAAACUCAAGGCUGAACAAAAAAGAAUAUCAAUGAAGAUGAAUUUGCUGCGUAUUCAAAACUGCAGCGUAAAAUUAACAAACUAG